AUGACUACUCCGACCCUCAUCGACAUCCCUCCACCCCCUCUGACCCCGUCACCCCUUCAGACAUGGGACCGUAAUGGCACUCCCAAUUCUGGCACCACCUCGCUCUCAGCACUGUCCACCACCGCAAUUAAAGAUGGCCACUCGGGUGCACCAUUCCCCCACCACCGAGGUCACGCCCACCAGUCCUCCUCUGCCUCGACAACGUCCACAAGCACGCUAGAUGCCGAACGUGCCGAUCGAAUCUCACGUCUUGCAGGCCUCGAGCGUGUCGCUACGGCCCGGGCAGGGGGCCCUCACUCCGGCAAUUAUGUCCCUUCGUCCCACUUCCCGGGCUAUUUUGACAGCCAUGCGCUCAAGGAGCGUAGUACUGUGGGGAGUGCCAGCGCAACCGGCAGUGUGGGUCAUACAACCUGGGCCUCCAGCAGUGAAGCUUUCUCUGCCGACAAAAUGAGCGAGGACAUUGAUGCAGAUGAUCGAGACAGUGUGGGCAACAUCAGUGAUGAGGGAAAUGCAAGCUUGGUGGGGUUUGGCGAGGGUGCGAAUAGCACAAUCUCUGGGCCUGUCAGUCGGCCGAGUGGGUUGAAUCGUAUGUCCUCGGGGAGCGCUCGACCCACGAGCAUGGGUAGCACGGGUGGAAAUCUAGGAGCGGCUCGAACCAACCCACUUGCGGGUUAUCUCCAACAGCAGCAGCCACCUCCUCCAAUGGCAUCUACUGCGGUAGCUGGGCGUGACUCGAUGGCUUCGUCCAGCGCCGCUGGCUCCGUUACACCGGAGCCUGUUCAAGAAGAUGCUCGAAUGGUCAAUGGCAUGACCUAUGAUGAGAAUAUCAUUGACACCACUGUGCGCACUCCACGACUCGCCACACCGAGCUACAGUCCAGCUGGGCAUAAUACAGGACGUGACUAG